GGGAAGGGUCAGUCGCGGGCGGGGCGUGGAGCUGCGAGCCCCAGGGUGUGCGCCUGCGCCGAGCUCCGGGACAGGGCGUGUUCCUCGUUCCGGUCCGCGUUUUGCACUGACUGAGUGCAUCCUUUGCCAGUAAAGUGCGCCCCGCGGAAACCUGUGGUUCCCUCGCCCAACCUGUUAGGUGCUGCCCUCCGCGAAUAUGUCCAAGUCUCUGAAAAAGUUGGUGGAGGAGAGCCGGGAGAAGAACCAGCCGGAAGUGGACAUGAGUGACCGGGGCAUCUCCAACAUGCUGGAUGUCAACGGCUUGUUUUGUCAAGUUUAUGUUGACUUAUCUUCAAGCUCACAUGGCUCAGAUCUGCUCAUAUGCUCAUCAAAGACCUUUUUCAGUCUCCUUAUCGCACAUCACACAACUGGUCCUCAGCCACAACAAGCUAACAACGGUGCCAGCAAACAUAGCAGAACUGAAGAAUCUAGAAGUGCUCAACUUCUUUAAUAACCAGAUUGAGGAGCUGCCCACACAGAUCAGCAGCCUGCAGAAGCUCAAACACCUGAACUUGGGCAUGAAUAGACUCAACACUUUGCCUCGAGGAUUUGGCUCCCUCCCAGCUCUGGAGGUCCUUGAUUUGACUUACAACAACUUGAGUGAAAAUUCUCUUCCCGGAAACUUCUUCUACCUUACCACCCUGCGUGCACUCUAUCUAAGUGACAACGAUUUUGAAAUCCUGCCGCCAGAUAUUGGGAAGCUCACAAAGUUGCAGAUACUCAGCCUUAGGGAUAACGACCUGAUCUCGCUGCCUAAAGAAAUCGGGGAGCUCACUCAGCUUAAGGAGCUCCACAUUCAGGGGAAUCGCCUGACCGUUCUGCCCCCAGAACUAGGAAACUUGGAUUUAACUGGUCAGAAGCAAGUGUUCAAAGCAGAGAACAAUCCCUGGGUUACCCCAAUUGCCGACCAAUUCCAGCUUGGCGUGUCCCAUGUUUUUGAAUAUAUCCGUUCUGAGACGUACAAGUACCUCUACGGCAGACACAUGCAAGCAAACCCAGAACCGCCGAAGAAAAAUAAUGACAAAUCGAAAAAGAUCAGCCGGAAACCCCUGACAGCCAAGAACAAAUAAAGGGUUGGUUGGCAUGGGCUGAACUUCUGGUUGCUUCUCUCAUUCGACUUCUGUUCUGUUACUGUAUCCCACAAAUAAAUACCAUGAGCGUGUGUUGUUUUUUUUCUCUUUCUAGCACUUAUCACUUUACCUUUUAAAUGCUUUUGGUAGGUGGUAGAUUUUUAUAAAUUCUUAGAACCACUUCCAUUUGUUUGCUUAAAAAUGCCAAAGACAGGAAACAAAGCUCUAAUUCAACUGCAAAUUCCAUAGUAGGCGCAUAGUUCAGUCCCUUGAAUAGAUGUUCACAAAGUUGCAUAUUAUCAAAAGAAUAAUUAAAACCACGUGAUCAUUAAAAUGUCACAGUUAACACUGUUCAUUCUUCUGUUUAUUCAUAUAACUCAUUAUUUCGCUUUAUUAAAAGCUUUCCGUAACCAUCGAGAUAUUAUGUUAAAUGACAAAUAAUUUUUAAUAAAAAUCUCGAAUUUGUAUCACAUGUUGCUUCUUGAAUAAAGCACGGUCUGAUCUUAGGGUAUGCA